AGACUUGCUGUAGACCAGGGAAGUAAGCAGAGCUCACUGUGCAUCCCAGACUCUUGUGAACACCGGGACACAGUGGACCCUAGUUUCCUCACUGUGUUCGGGAACAGAAGCUCAGGAGAGGAAAUGCAGAGAGAAGACAACCAAGUCCAAAGUGUGAGAAACGACCAAGAAGCCAAUAGGAGGAGGAGGCUGAGGCAGGAAGGCCAAAGUUCCUCAGGUCCUUGUGAUAGCCCGUGGACUGAGUCUGAAAUCAAGAUCUUGCUGGAAGAGUGGGCAGUGGUUGAAUAUGAACUCAGAGACACAGGAAAUAGGAUGGAUGAGAAGGCCGAGUCCCUUAGCAGUCGCCUUUCUAAUCGGGGUUUGAGGAAAAGCAAGAAUAGCUGCCUUGAUGUGAUGGUGAAGAUGAAGGACCUGCACACACAGCUGUGUAACGAGAGGCCCCGGGCUGGCCCCUUGUAUUCUCCUUAUCGUUUGAUCCUAUAUGACAUCUUGGGCCACCCUACAUCCCAGGGAGGCUAUGUUCCAGGUGCUGUGUUUGAUUGGUCUGGUUACCCCAUGCCUUCCUGGAGCACUCAACCUCCAAUGGUGAUGCCAUCUCCAGUAUACCAGCCUUGGGAUUAUGGCAUGUUUGCAUCUUCUGGACAGCUUCCUGGGAACCCAUCGCUGAUGAUGUCCAGUCAGGAUUCACUGGUUCCCAGAUCUGCCGCCUGGAAUGCCACCUAUCCAUUGCCAGUUCAACAUGUACUUCCUGCCUCUCUCCCUGGAGACACCAACCUUCAGCUGCCGAGGUCACCUCGUGAUGACAGCUCAAGUCCCCAGUGAAGAUAUAUGGGGACUUUCCUUUUCCUCUAAAAGCGCCUUAGAAUCAUACAGCACUGUAUGGAUACUCGAUUUCUCUAUCUUAUUGUAAAGGAAAUGUGAAUUCAAAUCUAUUAUUUUGACAUAACUCUUUUUAUGUUGAAUUCUUGUCACUUUAUAGGGGACAUAAGUGUAGAGGGGAGGGAAUGUGGUACUUCAUGGUGAGGUUCAUUUUGUGGGUACCUGAUACCUGUUGUCUACCCUCCAUUUUCAUAAGAUUUCUGACCCUGAGGCUAAACUCUCUCUACUUCCCAGACAGCAGCUCAGCAGCUCUUUCAUUCUCUGGCCCUCUUGAUGGAGGAUUCCUGAUCAGUGAUCCAUAGACUCCCAUUUUUUGAGAACACUGGGACAAUGGGUUUAAAAUUGAGUUCUACAUGCUUGGUAGAUGGCAAUAUCAAUUGAGAGGAUAUGAAAACUUAUCUAAAUAUUUAAGCUUCAAAUACUAAAGAGAAUGUCUGUCAAGGGACAUUGCCACUAACCUCAUUUUGUAUCUCAUAUAUAGGUAGAAAAGCAUUGUUAUUUUAGGUCUAAUCAUGGCCUGGUGAUUCACAGGUACAUAUAUCUGUCUACCAACUAUCUAUCUUGAUCUCUUUCUCUCUAUAUCUCUCUCUCUCCCUAUAUCUAUCUAUCUAUCUAUCUAUCUAUCUAUCUAUCUAUCUAUCUAUCUACUAUCUAUCUAUCUUUCAUUGCAUUUGACAUUCCACCUUGUAAAGUUACAUCACUCUAAGACUAAUUAAUAUCCAUAAAGUGUUUAUUUUUAAAUGAAUCAUGACCUAGGGUGAUAGAACUCUCAGUCAGGUUAACACUUCAACUUGACUCCAGGUAGAAUUAACUAAAGUCUCAAAUGUCUAGGCACCCUUCUGAGGAAUUUAGCGUAAGUACUUGGAGCAGAAAGUUCUAUUUCUGACCUCGUUCUCUGAGGUGCAAAAUAGAGCUUUGCCUAAUCUUUCUUGGUGGGAAAGCCAGGGUCCCCUCUGAGACAUAUAAAUAUAUGUGUGUGUGUGUAUAUGCAUGCUAUAGGUCUACAAGAAGGCCAGAAAAGAAGGAAGUCCUCCAUUGCCUGCAUGGUAUCACCCUCCCUAGGAAGUGCAUGCACUAACUGAGGUCAGAGCAGAGGUUCUCUGGUUUUGGGGGGAGAUGUGUUUUGAGUUGAUGAAGCUCCCAAAGGAGUCACCUAAAGCCAGUCUGUAAGCCAAGCAUUCACAAACCACCACACUCCUCGCCCUGGCCCAUUGUUCAAACACGUGAUUCUAUGGGCAAUACCUAGCUAUAGCAUAAUGCUAAAAUAUGCAGUCCAACUGACAGAGAACCCAUAGUCUAUAACACUCUCAAAAAAUUUGAAAGGCCAUAAUUUGAACAUGUGGUUUAAUGUUCAUUCAAUGACUUAAAGGUAGUGCUGUAUAAAAUCAAAAUCACAAAGCAGAUCAUAUACCUACAACAUCACAGGAUAUAUAUUCCCACUUAAAAAAGUUAUAGUGAAGAAAUACUGAACCAAAGCAAGAUUAAAAUUCAUCUGUGCAAGCUCUG